AUGGUCCUGACACUUUCUCCAGCCUGUUGCCCGGCCCUUAAGAUCGGUCUGAUAGGACCUUGGUCCUGUGACUCCUACUUCUCCAAUGCCCUGCCUGAAGUUGCCGCUCAACUAGCGAUGGAGAGGAUCAGGAAGGAUCCUUCCCUCGCCGCGGUCCAUCCGCUGGAUUAUGUAUUGUUUGAGGAAGAUCUCCAGACUUGGAAAGCAAUGGCUAGGUUCGUUGACUCCCCCAAGAAUCGGUCAGCAUUCAUAGGACCGCUGAAUCCUAGCUAUUGUGAGGUUGCCUCGUUGCUAGCUCAAGUUUGGAACCAACCCAUGUUAUCUUGGACCUGUCUAAACGAUGACCUGGAGAAGCCAAUUCACCAACCGUGGUUUAUCAGAACUUUGCCUUCACCGGUUACUGUCCUCCUCAACGUCUUGAGAUAUUUUAACUGGGCUCAUGUCGGCAUCAUCUCUUCCAAGGGGGACUUUUGGAUGGACACAGCCCAGAAGCUGGCUAGCGUUCUCAAAAGCCACGGGCUACCUGUGGUUCUUGUUACCUCCACCGGGACGGAAACAGAAAAAGUAGAAGAGGCUUGGACCAAGAUAGAAGCUUCUGGAAACAUCAAAGUCCUCCUCCUCUGCAUGGCGUCUGCUCUCAUCGGAGGGGAAGUCCAAGCAACCUUUCUAAGCAAAGCCCAGGAACUCGGACUGGCUGACGGCCGAUACGUCUUUUUGCCCUACGAUACCCUCUUCUACAGCCUCCCUUACGGAAACCAUUCCUAUUUCCUUCUGGAAAACGAUGGAGCCUUCCGGAAGGCUUACGACGCGGUGCUGACGAUCACCUUACAGUCUGGAGAAUGGACUUUCUACGAAGCUUUCCACGCGGCCCAAGAAAAAGGCGAAAUAAAAGCGGAUUUGGAGCCAGAACAGGUCACUCCACUUUUUGGGACAAUCUACGAUGCCAUUUACCUGCUCACAAAAGUCCUAGCCAAAGUAGCCCGGCCCCAAACUUCUGAACCUUUGGGAGCAACUUUGAGUCAUCAUGUCAGAAAUUUGGACUUUGCCGGCUUCAGCCACAGGAUUCAAGUCGACAGCAGAGGAAGGCCGCUGGGCAGAUACAUGAUUCUGGACACGGAUGGGAAAGGAAGUCACCUGUACCCGACUUACCUGCUGGAGGCAUCUUCGGGCAUGAUGCAGCCCCUGGGGAGGACAAUCCAUUUCCCUGGGGGGAGAUCGCCCCCAGUGGAUUCGGCCUGCUGGUUUGAACCCCACGUCCCCUGCGAAAGAGAGGACGCCUAUCCAGGGUUGCUGAUCGUGAUUCUACUACUGUCACCACCCGUCUUUUUGCUUCUCUUUGGCUUGUACCUGACGUACCUCAUCAGAAACAGUCACCCCAAAUUCGUGAAAGGAUCGCAGAGGCUGUUUCUGACUUUAGACGAUCUAACUUUCGCGAACACCAAAAUCAGUAGAAUGUGGUUAACUCUGGACAAUCUCAGUGAAUCGAGAAGCUGCUCCGAAGUGCACAGCUUGAGAUCCGUGACUCACUCGUUGUCGGUGAAAAGCACAACUCUAACCUAUGAAACCUCGAAUGUGGCUGUGUAUGAGGGUGAUUGGGUAUGGCUGAAAAAACUCGAGACCACAGUGACCACUGAUUGGAAACAACGUGCAACCCAUGUGCUUACUAAGGUGAGGGAGUUACGCCAUGAAAAUGUGAAUCGGUUCCUAGGUCUUUUAUCCGACAGGGGAGUUUCUGCACUUGUGAUGGAUUUCUGCUCCAGGGGAAGUCUCCAGGACUUGCUACAAAACAUGGACAUAAAGCUGGACUGGAUGUUUAAAUCAUCCCUUUUGCUGGAUUUACUUAAAGGCAAAUAG